CUUUUGUCUUUUCGGAAUUUUUCGCUCGCCCUGGAUAACCAUUUGAUAAUCAUAUGUCCAUAUCCAUACCAAUUGAAACGUUUCAAUCGAGAUAUCGAUGCUGCAACUGCUUGCACGUGAGGACAGGCACUUUACUUUUGGCCAUUUUUCAAAUCAUCAUACACUUUGUCGUUAUUGCUAUCCUCACUGCUGCUUUGGGGCGAUCAACACGCCUCCGUGACGAUGUUGAAUAUGUCGCGCUCAGCGUUAGCGUCAUGUCCUUUAUCCAAUGGGAACGAUUUACUGCCGAACCCAUAAAUCCACCGACUUUCCGGAAGGUGAUCACCACGCCUGAUCCUUUGCAUCCCUUACCUGCUGAGCAUGCGAUCGAAGCAUCCGUCCAAUCCACAACUGUGAGACCAGGUCAGUACACGAGGACCGUCAAAUUUUUCAUGAACGCCGGAGAGGAAUAUGUGGCUAUUGCAGUGACAUUGCUUUCUCUCUUGUUCAGCAUCAUGAUGCUCAUCGGCACCAUCUACUGCAGACCUUACUACUUACUCCCAUACUGUUGUGUUCAAUUCUUAGAUCUUUUCGUUACCUCAUUAUCAGUGGUCGGCUAUUAUACCUACUUGCCAGAAACCGGGGCGUUGACUAGACCCAGAUUGGCGCUUAGCAUUGUGGUCAUCUUGGCGGGAAUCUUGCUUCUUGGAUUGAAAGCUUAUAUGCUGGGUAUUGUGUGGCUUUGUUACAAAUUCCUGCUGCGGUUAUCGGCCGGUUUAGAGCAAGGAACCGGUUUUUCAUUUGCUGCCGGAUCCCUUCCACUAUCCAACUCCCUGUGCCGCCGACUUGGUCUAAACCACUACGUCACCGAUUCGCGUCCGCCAACGCAUUCACCUCCCGGAGACCGUGGCCUUCUCUCCGCAUCUUUAACCGGCCGAUCCCGUCCAAGUUCCCGACGCAUCGUCAUGCUGUUCCGUGGCCCAACUAGCCAUUCCGUCACAACGGCUAGUGGAGAAGUGGUCAGUGAAGAUCCCUGCAUGCCCCCAAAGUACGAAGAUGUGCUUGCUAUGCCGAGCAACGCGUAUGGUCCCCCUCCGUACGAGUCCAUAGUUGAGGAGAGCGCGGUCACAACGCAACCGAACAAUCUCGGUGAGUCGCCGUCUCCCACGCCAGCCAGCGGCGUCCAGGAACACAACCAAGGAUGUGAGGGCGCAGAACAGUGACUCUUCGAUAGUGCGCUAUCUGAAUGAUUGGCGGGAAGAAACUACGAAAACUACUUGACCAGCAAACCUCCGCCCCCCGAAUAGUUGCCUAUAGCUUUACAACGCUUAGGCUCCAGGAUCCUUCUCUGUUUGAGUUGCCUUCAAUAGAAUCCCGCACAGCUAACCGGGCAGCAAGCUUGCUCUUGCCAAAGAAACAGAGAAAUACAAGUUUUAUUUUGAUCCGA